UAUAGAAAAAGAUUGAUUCAUUGGGUAGUUAAUAAUAAUCAACCAUUUAAUGUGACUGAAAAUAGGGAAUUUCAAGACAUGAUGACAUUUAUUCAACUAGGCAUGCACAUUUUCUCUGCUGAUACUGUACGACGAGAUUUAGAUGAAAGCUUUAAAACUGCAAAAAAUGUAUUUAGACAACAACUGCAGGUUAAUAACUAA